AGUACAAGAUGGGAGGCCUUUCCCGUCUGCGUCGCUAUGUGAUCCGAGUGGACGCUUACCUGGACGACAUGUCUCCCAUGGCGAACUCUACAAUCUCCUUCCUCACCGGCGAGAAUGAUGGAGAGAGCCAGCUGUACAACCUGACGGGAAUCAUCCUGGUGCUCGGGAUCUCCACGAUCAUCAUGGUGGUGGUGAUGGUCUGCGUCGGCUACGAGAAGCUCAUUCAGCAGAAGAAGGAAGACUGCUGUGACGUCCUCUGCUGCAGAAGGGAGAAGAGGAAAGGGCCGAAGGUGUCUAUAUCACCCGAACCGCUCAUGGUACAAGACAGAAGGGAAAUGGACGACGAUUCCCCGACUUCCUCACACAGAUACUAAACUUCGUCUAGUCUCAGGAAGGAUAAACUGACAGCUCAGUCCGAACUCUAGACUUUUCCUUGUGUUGAAGACAACGUUUCAAUACAAAAAAUAUAUAAAGACUAUCUUGGUCCAAUUUUGAAAAUACAGAGGUAAACGCCAUUAUUUUCUUCAGUUCGUUUUAUUUUCAGUUUUGUUUGGUUAAAUGUUUAUUUUUACAAAAGGGACGAUGAUUCGAAGUACUCCAGAAGCCGGAGUGAGUUGCCAAUUUUGUUUUCCCUGAGGUUGGAUGCACUCUACUGAUGGCCUUCUAAGCUGUCGGCGAAACUGACGAACAUUUGUACAAGUCCUCGAGUGCAGAAGUUGUGCCUAACGUUUCGUUCCAGGAUUCAUAUGUUUCAAAGUAUUUUUUGAAAAAAAAAGUGUAUAUUUGAUGUUUGUUAUGGAUACGAUAGUUUUAUUAUUUCAAUGUAAGUGUGGGUAUUUUUGUCUAUACCUAUAUUACCAGACACGUAAUAGUUUCACCAGUGCAAGAUGAAUGGGCCAGUGAAAUGACUGCGGGAGAUUCAUCUUGCACGUCGUACCUUGCAUAGUAUGACACACAUAUUACAUCACUGGAUCCUCAAGGACACAGGUACAAGAUACAGUAUUUGGUUAGCGAAAUAUUUAGAAAUAAAAGUACAUAUUUAUUUGGUAAAAAGAGAGAGAUUCUUAUACAUAAUAUAUAACGAACCAAUACCAUGUAAGAAGAUCUCUUCAGAAGGGAUACUCCGAUAUUUUCACCGUUUUUUAUAAAGAAUUACGGUCACUGCUUCCUCCACGGGCAAAGAAAACGGAGAAGGAAACACAGCUGGAGGAGGCAGCGACGGCGGAGGAGCGCGUCUGCGUGUGCCACUCGGUGCCAUUUUUAAAGAACUAACUGUAGUCGAUCUUUUACCCGAUGUAGCUGUUCUUUAAGCGUUCAUGAUUAGUGCUUUAAGGCAACACUUCAGGUAGUGACAAAGGGAGGAUUAUACCUCAAAAAAAGCAAAAGGUGCUGAUUUGGUGUUGUGUCACCUUUAUUGAUAAUGAUGUGAAUUUCAGGUGGGUGGUUUUGCUAGGUUCACUUCAGUUAAGAAA